AUGACAAUUAGCGGUGUAUGUGAAUUUAUUUUGAUAUUAAUUCGUGAUAUUCAAAGAAGUGUAACUAAAGGUAUAAUGUCAUUCGAAAGUCUCCAUGAUUAUAAAACAGAAAUCGGCAAUUUGGAAAAUGAAAUAGCAAAAGUUAGUGAUGAAGUACUAAUAGCGCAAGAGCGUAGAUUCUCGGACGCAGUGAACGAGAUAACUCAGAGUGUGGUAACUAUGAGCCGUGAAAGCGAAUUGAUUAGAAUAUUGGAUAAUAGUGAUGAAAAUCUAUCUCAGAUCGAACGACAAAUCGUUGAUUUCGGAGAAAUCGAUAAAAAAAUUGAUGCAUUCAACCAGCUGGUAGAUUUGUUAAGAGUUACUUAUUUGGAGCAGGAGACUCUUGAUUUUUUUUUAAGAUAUACCAUAUCGUCAUCAGAAUUAUUACAUCUUGACUCCAUACAUGAUGACAAAUAUGUGAAACUAGAAGAGGAAGUGAGUAAUCUAAAGGAUACCGAGCUAAGGAAGCACCAUGUAAAAAUUGAAGAGACAAAACUGAAAAUAGCAGUGGCGGGAGACAACUUGGCAAAGACGGAAGAUAAGGUGAACGAAAUCCUCUUGGAGACUACAGAAGUGCUGGACAGCUGUGAUCAAAUGAUGGAAGAACUAGAAAAAUUGAGAGAAGAAUAUAAAAUAAGAAACGAUAGACGAGAGAACAGCGACCAUGAUCCGCUUAUGGAGACUUAUCAUCAAUGGGGACAAUUAAAGAAAACACAGGGGGAAUAUAAUAUUUUAAAUGAUCAAUUGAGUGAAUGGGAAAAAGUAAAGAAAACUUAUGAUUUUAUUGGGAACAUGAAGAGGUCAAAUUCCUCUAUCUCUGAUACGGAUCCACGGCUGGUCGAACUAGGAUCAACUCUUGAAAGCCUAAUUAAGAUAUGGGAAGCUAAAUUUCUACCAGCUAAAGGGUGGCAAAAUCUUGAAGUUUAUCCACAAACCAGAAAGUUUCAGUUCGAUGUUUCAGCAAUUUUUACUGUCGUAAUAACUUUGGAUGAUUUCUCUCUUAUAGAAGAUAUGAAAGUCUACAGGAAGGAAGAAGACAUAAUGAGAAAUGAUAAAAAUAUAGAAAACAAACUCAAGAAAGAUCAUUUGGGAGCUAAAGAUAUUUUUAAUGUUAUGGUGCAUAUUAUAAAUAAUCUUAAAUGA